AUGUCGUCACAAGUUUCUCUCUCUUGCGAGCAAACCUUCCUUUUGCACACAGGCGACUCUUCGGAGGAAGUUGCUACGUCCGAGUCCAAGGAUGAGGACCAGAUGAUGCAGGAUGCUGCCCAGGUUCUGCGGAUUGGUCGCAAGGAGUUCAGGGUAGCUUGCACGAAGCUGAGUGAGCUGGCCACGAAUCAGCUUGCGUUUUGCCUCUCUAUGUUGCAUGCUCUUCUGACGCCGGCGGACGCCCUGGAGCUAGGAGGCGAACUUGACUUUUGUCUGCACUUGGCCUGGUUUCUGCAAAUUUUGUCUCCGCGUGCAUUUUGUCGACACGAAGCCCUGUACACGAACAAGGCCGCGUCCAGCAAGAAGAGCAAGAACAAAACUGGCGCUGCGGAGGCAGCCUUCCAGGCCGGACUACCGUAG